UUCCUAUUUUCUUAAUUUAUUUGCAAUAUAGGAACAUGAAACCUGAUUUGAAAACACCCAUUUCGCAGCAGUCCCAAGCUCUCCUCCCAUUCACAGAAUGUCUCUGACACGGCAAUCUUUCCGCUUUCUCUUUCUCCUACUGUCUCUCCUGUUCGUCUUGUCUGAAUCCACUCUCUCGUCAUCUUCCUCAUCCAACUCCAUUCAAAACCUCCUCCAAAGCCAAGGCUUGCCCGGAGGGCUCUUCCCGCACGAUGUCAAGUCUUUCGCGCUCCACCCAGAUGGCCUCCUCGAAGUCCUCUUGGACCGUCCUUGCCUGGCCAAGUUCGACACCGGAGUCUACUUCGACAGCGUCGUGAGAGCCAAUCUCACUUAUGGUAAGCUUAUGGGAAUGGAGGGUCUGUCUCAGAAAGAGCUGUUUCUGUGGCUUCCAGUGAAGGAUAUUAUUGUGGACGAUCCAUCUUCUGGUGUCAUAAUGUUUGAUAUUGGGGUUGCUCAUAAGCAGCUCUCUCUUUCUCUCUUUGAAGACCCUCCUGUGUGUAGGCCUACAGAUUUGGAGGUUCUACAGCCAAAUAUUGGGAGGAAGAAAAUUGGAUUUGAAGCUCUGAGAUGAAAGUCAGUUCCAUUUUCGUUUCUCAGAGAAUUUAAGUACGUACAGCGUCUUUGGGAGUUUUGGGCGUUUGCUUUCCUUUCUUUUUCCCCUUCUGAGUUUUGCUUGUAAAAAUGCACGAGGAAAUGAAGUUCAUAAAUGAGAUAGAUGAAUAUUGCAGACGGAGAUAUAGAAAUUGUAUGUUGGGGAUGAGUUUGUGAAUCGAAGUUGGUGAAGCCCUCCCCAUUUGGAAGAACCGAGUUCAGAUCAUUACCAUUCAAUCUUUUGAUUC